GCGCCUCCCCGGCCGGCUGGGACGGGCGCUGGCUCCGGCGGCUCGCUCCGCGCAGGGAGCCCGCGGCGGGCGGGGUGGCCCCGGGGCUCGGCCUGGCCCGGGCACCAUGAUCUGCGGCUGGAGGAAGAAAUCGCGGCCGGAGCAGCCCCCGCAGGACGGCGGCGGCGGCGGCACCAGGCGCCCGGACAGAGCCUUAAAGAAAAUGGGCCUGACAGAUGAUGAGGACAUCAAGGUGAUGCUGAAGGGCUCCUUUCUCUGGAAGAUCAAGUCACGCAGACGGAAGAAGGAGCGGUUCUACCGCUUGCAGGAGGACGGCUUGACCAUCUUGUCUGAGCGCUGCUUUAAACGGGCUCGCUCCAAGCAGAUCUUCUCCAUCACGCACAUGGAAGCCGUGCGGGAGGGCUGCCAGUCCGAGGGCCUCCGCAAGCACGGCCGCUGCUUCCCGGAGACGUGGUGCCUCACCAUCGUCUUCAAGGGCCGGCGGAAGAACCUGGACCUGGCUGCCCGGAGUGAGGAGGAGGCGAAGAGGUGGGCACGGGGGCUGAAAAAGCUGAUGGCCAAGGUGGAAGCCAUGAGCCAGCGGGAGAAGCUUGAUCACUGGAUCCAUGACAUCCUGCACCGAGCCGACAAGAACAAGGACAACAAGAUGUCCUUCAAGGAGAUCAAGGACAUGCUGAAGAUGAUCAAUAUCGACAUGAACGACAUCUACGCCUACCAGCUCUUCCAGGAGUGCGACAAGUCCAGCAACGACCGGCUGGAGGAGCACGAGAUCGAGGAGUUCUGCACCCUGCUGAUGAAGCGGCCCGAGCUGGAGGAGCUGUUCCACCGCUACUCGGGGCAGGACCUCGUGCUGUCGGCCAAGGAGCUGGGGGCCUUCCUGCAGGACCAGGGCGAGGCGGCCGACCUGGCGCACGCCCACCGGAUCAUCCAGACCUAUGAGCUCAGCGAGAAAGCCAAGCAGCAUGACCGCAUGAUGCUGGAUGGGUUCAUGAUGUACCUGCUGUCUGCGGCUGGUGACAUCCUGAACCAGGAGCACACCAACGUCUACCAGGACAUGAGCCAGCCCCUCUGCCAUUACUUCAUCUCCACCUCCCACAACACCUACCUGACCGACAAUCAGAUCGGCGGGGCCAGCAGCACAGAAGCCUACAUCAGGGCGUUCAUGGAGGGCUGCCGCUGCGUGGAGCUGGACUGCUGGGAGGGCUCCAACGGGGAGCCCAUCAUCUACCAUGGCCACACCCUGACCUCCAAGAUCCUCUUCAGGGACGUCAUCGAGAUCAUCCGGGACUACGCCUUCAAGCACUCCUCAUACCCCGUGAUCCUGUCCCUGGAGAAUCACUGUGGGCCGGAGCAGCAGGUGACCAUGGUUCGGCACAUGAAGGCCAUCUUGGGGGACAUGCUGCUGACCCAGACGCUGGAUGGGCAGGUCCCCAAGGAGCUCCCGUCACCAGAGCAACUGAAAGGGAAGAUCCUGGUGAAAGGGAAGAAGCUGCCAGACCUGGUGUGUGAUCCCGAAAACAUGAGCUUCCUCUCCGACAACCCCGAGGAGGAGGAGGAGGAGGAGGAAGAGGAGAGGGUGCUGCGGAGAGAGCGCAGGAGGUCGUCCCAUUCGCUGCAGGAGAUCAGGCCGCCCCAGGCGAAGGACGCCGCGCAGCUCUCCCAGGAGCUCUCCGACCUGGUGGUGUACUGCCAGGCCGUCCCCUUCCAGAGCCUGGAGCAGGCCCUCAGGAGCCAGCAGCCCGGGCAGAUGUCCUCCUUCAGCGAGAGGAAGGCCAGGAAGCUCAUCAAGGAGUCAGGGAACGGCCUGGUCCGGUACAACGCCCGGCACCUUAGCCGCAUCUACCCCUUGGGGCUGAAGAUGAACUCUUCAAACUACAACCCCCAGGAGAUGUGGAACGCCGGCUGCCAGCUAGUGGCUCUCAACUUCCAGACCCCCGGCUGGGAGAUGGAUCUGAACCACGGGCGGUUCCUGGUGAACGGGCGCUGCGGCUACGUGCUGAAGCCCGGCUUCCUGCGGAGCCACCAGGCCUCCUUCGACCCCGAGAGUGGGCGAGGGCCCGGCCCCAGAGCCACCCUGCUGCUGGUCAAGGUGAUCACGGCCCAGCAGCUCCCCAAGCUGAACAACAAGAAGAGCUCCAUCGUGGACCCCUUCGUGCGCGUGGAGAUCCAUGGCGUGCGAGCCGACUGCAGCAGUAAACAGACCGAGUACAAGCUCAACAACGGCUUCAAUCCACGCUGGGAGGAGACUCUGAGCUUCCAGCUGCAGGUGCCGGAGCUGGCCCUGGUGCGCUUCGUGGUGGAAGAUUACGACACCACCUCCUGCAAUGACUUCGUGGGGCAGUUCACCCUGCCCUUCACCAGCCUGAGGGAAGGUGGGUGCCUGACAGGGGCUGCCCGGCCCCCCGGGGCAGAGAGCGCAGUGGUGCCCGUUCUGCCACUGGGGUGUGGGAGCUGCAGCAAGGGGCCAUGAAAGCAGGUUCAGGGGAUGCCUAGAGAAAUGGGGGGGACCCCGCAGCUCAGCAGGACUCUCCCUUUGGCAUCAGUCCCGCCGACCCAGAGCCUGAGCAACUCCUGCUGCAGGCCUGGCGCCAUGGCCCACACAGUCCCCUCUCCAGAGCAGAGGGUGCUGGCUAGCUUCCUGUGGGGCUAGCCACCCUCCUUCAGGCCAAGGAGGGGGACCUGACCUGCCUUUCCCCUGCCCGUGCUGGCUGGCACUCUGCUCUUCUUUGCAUCGCUGGGAGGGGAGCUCGCCCACACCCCUGUCCUCCAGUGCCAGCCUGGGCACCAGCAUUCCUUCCUACUCUCAACGGGCACCGUGGCUGUGCCCUGCUUCACCCCAGAGGUGGCUGCAUUUCAGCAGCAGAUAACCAGAUUCCUUAGCGGACUGCAAAGAGCGUUUGGGGAAAGAUGCUGCACAAAGCUUUGCUCCAACUGAUGGCUGUGGGUCCAAAGGGCCAGGGGCUGUUUGUGUCCCUGCCUCACCUGCUCCC